CACGUGACCGAGUGGGGGCGGGACUGAGCGCACAGCUGGGGGUCGGCGCAGGCUGGCUGGCGAACACUCCCCACUCACGCAGCACCCAAAUGCGCCAAAACAUGCUUUAGCCACGACACGACGAUUGAUCACGCGAGUGGCUUCCACUGAUUGACUGAUUGAUUGAUUGACUGACUGCUGCCGCUGCUCCCACGGUCCUCCUGCUCCAGCCGGCCGUGCAGCUGAGCGCCGUCCGUGCAUGAAAGACUCCCACGCGGCUCCCACGACCAGAGCGGACGGAAGAGCGGCGCGCACCAUGGCGCUCACCAUCUGCACCAGGUUCACGGACGAGUACCAGCUGUUCGAGGAGCUGGGCAAGGGAGCCUUCUCUGUGGUCAGACGCUGUGUGAAGAUCUCCUCCGGCCAGGAGUACGCUGCCAAAAUCAUCAACACCAAGAAGCUCUCUGCCAGAGACCAUCAAAAGCUGGAGAGAGAGGCCAGGAUCUGCCGUUUACUCAAGCACCCCAAUAUUGUGCGGCUCCAUGACAGUAUAUCCGAGGAGGGCUUCCACUAUUUGGUGUUUGAUCUUGUGACUGGAGGCGAGCUCUUCGAGGACAUCGUGGCCCGCGAGUACUACAGCGAGGCGGACGCCAGCCACUGCAUCCAGCAGAUCCUGGAGAGCGUCCAUCACUGCCACGUUAACGGGAUCGUCCACAGGGACCUGAAGCCUGAGAACCUUCUUCUGGCCAGCAAACUGAAGGGAGCGGCGGUCAAGUUGGCCGACUUUGGUCUGGCCAUCGAGGUGCAGGGAGACCAGCAGGCAUGGUUCGGUUUCGCCGGCACCCCGGGGUACUUGUCUCCAGAGGUGUUGAGGAAAGACCCGUACGGGAAACCCGUGGACAUGUGGGCCUGCGGAGUAAUUUUAUACAUCUUGCUUGUGGGCUACCCCCCUUUCUGGGACGAGGACCAGCACCGCCUCUAUCAGCAAAUCAAGGCGGGGGCCUAUGACUUCCCAUCCCCCGAGUGGGACACGGUGACCCCCGAGGCCAAAGACCUGAUCAACAAAAUGCUCACCAUCAACCCCAGUAAGCGCAUCACGGCCGCCGAGGCCCUCAAACACCCGUGGAUCUGCCAACGCUCCACCGUGGCGUCCAUGAUGCACAGGCAGGAGACCGUGGAGUGCCUGAAGAAGUUCAACGCCAGGAGAAAACUCAAGGGAGCCAUACUGACCACCUUACUGGUCACAAGAAACUUCUCAGCAGCCAAGAGUUUGCUGAACAAGAAGACGGACGGCGUGAAGGUCAACAACAAAGCAAACACAGUGACCAGUCCUAAAGACACUGGCCCCGCCCCCGCACUGGAACCCCAGACAACGGUGAUCCACAACCCCGUGGAUGGAAACAAGGAGUCCAUUGAGAGUGCAAACACCACCAUAGAAGACGAGGACGUGAAAGCCUGCACCAAUAACACUAAAGCACGCAAACAGGAAAUCAUCAAAGUGACGGAGCAGCUGAUCGAGUCCAUCAACAACGGAGACUUUGAGGCCUACGCGAAGAUCUGUGACCCUGGUCUGACUUCCUUCGAGCCCGAGGCGCUGGGGAACCUGGUGGAAGGACACGACUUCCACCGCUUUUAUUUUGAAAACGCCCUGUCCAAAGGCAACAAGCCGGUGCACACCAUCCUCCUCAACCCGCACGUGCACCUCAUCGGCGAGAGCGCGGCGUGCAUCGCCUACAUCCGCCUGACCCAGUACAUGGACGGCGGCGGCAUGCCCCGCACCAUGCAGUCCGAGGAGACCCGGGUGUGGCACCGCCGCGACGGCAAGUGGCAGAACAUCCACUUCCACCGCUCCGGCUCGCCCAGCAUCCCCGCUCAUUAAUGGAACAUCAUCAUGGGGUUUGAAAGCAUCAGCAAAUGUGACCUUUGACCCUCACAGGACACACGUAUUAUUACAUUUAAUCAAAGGACGUCGUUCUUUAAUUAAACCACCAGCAGGUGGCAGCACAGUAUUAUUACGAAAUAUUGGCAGCAGUGUUUUUUUGUUGAGUUCACUUUUUUUUUUUAAAGAUGUUUUGGUAUGCAUUUGAAAUAUAUAUACACCAAUUAGAACUCUACUGCUGUGACCUCUCCCUGACAUGUAGUUCUGUGUUUUUCAACGUGUAUAUCCGUGCGUGUAAAACACAAACAAUUGGAAGAGGCUGUCGGGAGUGAGCUUGCUCUAGUUCCGCUGAUGUAAAUACUUUGUGAUGCUGGCUGAAAACGCCAGCCAUGGAAUUGCUAUUCUCGCUAUCAGAAAGGUCAGCGUGUGUUUUGGUGUUUGGAUCUUAUUCUCAUUCACGCUCAUUGGAAAAAAACAAAACAAACUGGUUUUUAUUUGAGUUUUUGUUUUUUAAAAUGCAGGUAAAAAAUUAAAAAAACUAAGCUUUUUUUUUUAAGUUGAAAAGCGAUACCUAAAUAAGAACAUUGUAUAUUUAAUAUAAGAAAAAUUAAAAUCCCCUGUAACGCGAACAAAACAGACCAAAACAUGUGCUUUAUCAUUUGCAGAUACCGGAUGUUUUAUUUUCAAAAUAAAAACGGGGUUAAUUACCACGGUACCCAUGUGUCUGUGGCUCUGGCUUAAAUGUACUUGGAGCAAAAUUAUCUCAGACAUGGAGGACUGACACCUACAAAAUGUCCACACAUAUUAACAGAAAGUGAAAGACAGAUCAAAACGGAUGUGUUGUCAUAUUCUGAACCGGAAGUAGCAAUUUUAAAGACAGGACUGCGGACAUUUGCAAAACAGUUGUAUUUGUUGGAUCCACAUUGUUGGUUUGACCAUUACAAUUUGGUCACUUUUCCUACCAACAACACAACCUAACAUCGAUUAAACCUUGUCAAAAAGAAUGUUGUUUCAAUGUUAGGUCUGAGUUGUUCAACAUUAGAACCCAAUAUCGAAUAAACGUCAUCAAAAAGCGUGUUGUUUCAAUGUUGUAUUUGUGUUGUAAAAUAUUGGUUGAGAAAAGACCAAAACUCAAUGGUCAAAUCAACAUUGUCAAAAAGCAUGUUGUUUCAACAUUUGUUUGAGUUGCUCAACGUUAGAACCCAACAUUGAUUAAACAUUGUCAAACACCACGUUGUUUCAAUGUUAUGUUUGAGCUGCUUAACGUCAGAACCCAACAUUGAUUAGACAUUCUCAAAAAGCAUGUUGUUUCAACGUUUCUUUGAGUUGCUCAACAUUAGAACCCAACAUUGAUUAAAAGUUAAAAAGCAUGUUGUUUCAACGUUAUGUAUGAGUUGCUCAACGUCAGAACCCAACAUUGAUUAAACGUUGUUGAAAACCAUGUUGUCUAAACAUUAGGUGUGAAUUAUAGAAUAUUGGUUGAGAAGUGACCAAACUUCAAUGGUCAAAUCAAUGCCAGAACCCAACAUUGAUUAAACAUUGUCAAAAAGCAUGUUGUUUCAACGUUAGGUUUGAGCUGGUCAUUGUCAGAACCCAACAUUGAAUAAACGUCAUCAAUAAGCAUGUUGUGCCAACAUUAGGUUUGAGAAACUAAACGUUAGAACUUAACAGUGAUUAAACGUUAAAAAGCAUGUUGUUUCAACGUUACCAUUGAGUUGCUCAGCGUCAGAACCCGACAUUAAUUAAACGUUGUUGAAAAGCAUGUUUUCUCAACCUUAGGUUUGAGUUGCAGAAUAUUGGUUGAGAUGUGACCAAAUUUCAAUGGUCAAAUCAACGCCAGCACCCAACAUUGAUUAAACAUUGUCAAAAAGCAUGUUGUUUCAAAAUUAGGUUUGAGCUGGUCAUUGUCAAAACCCAACAUUGAUUAAACGUCGUCAAAAAGCGUGUUGUUCCAACAUUAAGUUUGAGACACUCAACGUUAGAACACAACAUUGACUAAACAUCAUCAAAAAGCAUGUUGUUUCAACGUUGUAUUUGUGUUGGAAAAUAUUGGUUGGAAAAUGACCAAAUUUCAAUUGUUAAAUCAAUGUUGGAGCCCGACAUCGAUUAACCGUCUUCAAAAAGCAUGUUCUUUCAACGUUAGGUUUGAGUUACUCAACGUCAGAACCCAACAUUGAUUAAACGUCGGCAAAAAGCGUGUUGUUCCAUCAUUAGUUUUGAGACACUCAACGUUAGAACCCAACAUUGAUUAAACGUUAAAAAGCAUGUUGUUUCAACGUUAUGUUUGAGUUUCUCAACAUCAGAAUCUAACAUUGAUUAAAAGUCAUCAAAAAGCGUGUUGCUUCAACGUUAUGUUUGAGUUGCCCGACGUCAGAACCUGACGUUAAAUAAACGUCGUCAAAAACCAUGUUGUUUCAACGUUGUAUUUGUGUUGUACAAUAUUGGUUGGGAAAUGACCAAAAUUCAAGAGUCAAAUCAACGUCCAAACCCAACAAUUGAUCAAUCGUUGUCAAAAGGUACAUUGUUUCAACGUUAUGAUUGAGUUGCUGAUCGUCAAAACCCGACAUUGAUCAAACGUCUUCAAAAAGCAUGUCGUUCCAACGUUAUGUUUGAGUUGCCCAACGUCAGCACCUUAUUCAACAAGUUCUCAACGUUGUUUCAAUGCCAGGACGUGUGUUUAGAUCUCUGUCCUCGUCCUCGUUGUGUCAUAAUGUGCCCGCUUUUACUUUGAAAAUACAACUCGUCCAAUAAAAACAUCAUUUUUGGUGUGUUUUUUCCGUCUCUGUUUACUGGGGAUCUUCAUUUUUCUUUUAUGAAACAUAUCAUGAAAAUCAAAAAGUUUUUUUUUCGUAUUGCUUUUCAGCACCAUAAAGAAAAGGUGUUUUAUUGUUCAAUUUUUUCAGUUUUUUGCAACUUCCAUUUAUAAAAAGAAACUCCCAUUACCAAAACAUACACUGAGCUAUUUUUAUGUUUGCUACAAGCUACAAUACUCAUUGAAAUGUAAAGAAAGCAGAGCUUACACUUUGCAUCGGACUAUGUUUGCUUUUAUAUGGGAGAUAUAAGAACUAGGAGACUGUAGCAUAAAUGUAAUAUAUAUCAACACUGGAGACUAUUGUGUCGUGCAUGGGGGGCAAUAUUGAGUAAGGUCAUAUAAAAGUAUAAUAAUAUCUUCUGUUUGAGUUGUGAAUCACUGACUUGUUUGUUCAUGUUGUGCACCAGUCCUGUCCCAGAUGUCUCUGAUGUCCUCCAGUAUCAUGAAACGUGUAAAAAAAAGAAUAACAACAACACAACAAUGAAGGUACAUAUCGAAGUGGAAGGUCUGGAAAAUGACAAAAAAAAAAUGAAGCACCUUUUUUCGUUUUGUAUGAAAUGUUUAGAAAGUAAGCUCCUUUUUCAUAAUGUUUGUGUUUGUAUCGUAUGAGUGUGCGUGUACAAGAAGGGCCUUUUUAUUCCCAUCUUUUGUUUCCGGUGUGCUACGUUGCCGGCGGCACGUGAAGAUGAUGCAAGGUGGAGCUGACGCCCUCAAUCAGAUGCUGGCUUGACUAAAGUCGCACAAAAUCUUUGGAGUCGGGACUUUACAAAACGAGGCAACAAUGUCGGCGUCUUUAUCCUCCGUUGGCUCGCUUGGUCUCUCAUAAGAGGACGAAAGACAGGAACUUCCUUUUCCUCCAUGAAGCGAACGAUGUCAGUUCGAUGCUCAGCUGCUGUACUUGUGCGUGUGACAGUGGCCACGGCAACGGAUGGCUUAUAACGUUAAAUUAGGAAAUAAAGAAAUGAGGUAAACCGUG